AUGAGUCUACAUCGUUCUGUUAACGGAAUUCUGCACAUUGUUGGGCGAAACGGUGAUUUGACUCUAAUGAAAGGCAACAGAUGGAGACUUAUCCUUGUAUCUCUUUUUUCCGUACUGUUGUUCACCACACUGCUUAGAUGGGAUAGUUCAUCUACAGCCAGCGAACAAAGCGUCAUAGAGCUACCACAUGGCCUGCAACCGUACUAUAAAGACGUGCUCAAAAAAUCGCAAACAUUGACGUUCGAAGACAAAUGUAUUCAAUACUUCAAGGGGCUCGAAGACAAGUCUGAGGUUCCAACAUUUGCAUCGACAUGGGUGCUAUCACCAUCUGAGAAAGCAGCUAACAAAGAAGGUGAGAAAGUCUCGAAGGAAAGUACCUCAAAGCUCACAAGCCAAAGCGAGGAUUUGAAGAAGCUUAUCACAGAUACAAGGGUAUAUUCUCAAUGUUUCAUACACUACAACAUUUUCGGCAGCAAUGGCUGGUCUUUCAGUAAAGGAGGCUCGCAGAAGAAUCUCAAGCACCAUUUGUCAAACGAUUUCGGCAUCAAGUUGUUCCCUUGGUGCUCUCAACUGAAAGCACAACUCAAAAGAAUUACCAAUAAUGGGGUAUCCUUUGAACACAACGUCCCGGUUCUCGACAAAGAUUUUAUUGAGCCUGAUUUACUGGCUUCGUUCUUCCAGAACUUGAGAAGCUCCAAAAAUGGUAGAGGUGUUGUGAUUCCUGUGCUUUCAAAGACCGGCUUUGAGAAUUCUUUGAGAUUGAUCAAGCUUUUGAGAUUCUUUGCAAUUGAUGUCCCAGUGCAAAUUGUUCAUUUGGGUGUGCUUUCUAAAGAGCAAGAGUCUCAAUUGCAGUCCGCGAUGAACAGAAGAAUUGAAACAUCUGACCUUCCACUUGAAUCUGUGGAUUCUAUGCCACCAGGGUAUGAUUUUGGAUUCCCACCUUUGACACAGGUGUGGUCUAUGGACAUAUCUGCGACACUGAAUUUGGGUUAUGGUGACCUCCUUGACAAAAAUACUUUCAACGCUGCUGCUUUGUUGUUCACAUCAUUCAAAGAUGCAAUUUUGAUUGAUCCAUCAACAGUGCCUACGAAACGACUCUUUGAGAUCUUGGAUAGUCCUUUAUUGAAGAAAUACGGUGCAUAUUUCUUUGGUAACUACAGACUAAGAGACAAAGUGGAGCUCAAUGAAUUAAAGCUGUUCAAAGAAUUGCUACCAAGUGACGUCGAUAGAGCCGUUUUUGAUAUGGAGACUGUCGAUCUCAGCUUAUUAAAUACCACCAGAUUCUUUGCAGAUUCAAGAUCUUACAGCACCUCUAAUGACGUUAUUUUCCUCGAUACAAAGCGGUAUACUACUGGGCUACUGAUAGCAGUACAGCUGAAAUAUGCAAAGUUGGAACUCGUGACGAAAGGGCUGAACGGUGAUAUCAAUUGGCUUUCACUUCUAUCAUCUGGUGCCACUGAAGCGGUCCCUAUCCACGAUAUUCCAGUAGCAGUUGUCGGUGAAUUCACCCGUCAAAUAAAUCGUGAGACCCACAAAUCUGUGUCUGAAGAGAUUUGUUCGGUUCAUAGGGCAUAUCUUGAUUCACUCGAUGGUGACCUUCUUCAAAGUGUCUUGUUCUUUACCAAUGGUGCUAUAAACUGUGAUGAAGAUGUGGAUGUUGAAGAGGAGACUUCUAAAAAGUUCUACAGCUCUUUCAAAAAUAAGAAUCAAUUCCUACGUGCUAGAACAAAUCUCAUCGACAUCAUUGUACCUAAACCGCAAGAGCUGGACAAGCAAAACGAUUUGGGUGAAGUUGCUGAAUUCAUCUCGCAAAAGGCUGGGUUAUGCGGUGGUACUGCAAUGUGUGCCUAUAAUAUUAUCGGUGCUCAAAAGGAUGAAAAGUACCAUUCAUUUAUCAAAAGCUUCCAAGAUAGUGACCGUGUUUUAUAUGACACUAUCUCAAGAGUUUGGUGGGAUCUUUAA